ACACUUCCUCCCUGUGUGUAGCCCCCCCCCCCCCCCUCAUAGUGUACAUGUAUUUGUUGAACCUCACAUCACCACCACCACCACCGCCCGUCGUGUCAACACUUCCUCCGCGCGAGGCGGCACGGGACCCGCGCGCUCCGCCGGAUUGGUCCAUCCCCACAGCGGUUGUCUGCCUCCUCUCCGCAGCAGUUAGCUUUAGCUGCUCACACCCCGCCGCCCCAAAGAGGAGAGGGAACCUCACAACCGGGACUCGCACGGAAAGGAGCCAUCUUCCCUGCGGUUUUUCAUCUGAUGGAGCAGUGGUUGUCGCUCUUCGUUAAAAGGCACCAUGUUUCCUUGUCACGUAAGCCCCUGGCCCUCUGCUGAGCCUCCGGCCUCCUGCGGCAGUCGUGCACCCCCAGCGCAGCCCUCACAGCCCCUGCCUGACCUGCUGUGCAGCUGUCCCGCUCCACCUCUGAACGCCCACUUGCAGACGCCCUCGCCGGACCCCAUGGAGUCCCUCAUUGUGGUCACGGAGUACGAACCCAGCAGGCCACCCGGGGAAGAGGAGGUAGAAGACAUGGACAGUUCCGAGACGCCCGAGCCAGCCUCCUCUGUGGCGGUGGCCUACCCGACUCCUUCCUGCGACCUGCUGUCUCACACGGUUUGCCGGUCGGAGUCGCUGCUGCCCGAAAGUCAAGAGCAACGGGGAAGACUGAGCCUGUCAGACAGGAAACUUUCUCUGCAGGAGCGCUCACAGAGUGCAACCUCACCCUGCAGCUCGCCAGGCCUCAACGGGCGUUACAUUUACCCGUCGCUGCCGUACUCGCCCAUCACAUCGCCGCACUCCUCUCCACGCUUGCCCCGCCGACCCACUGUGGAGUCCCACAGUGUUUCUAUCACAGACCUCCAGGACUGUGUUCAACUCAACCAGUACAAGCUGAAAGACGAGAUUGGAAAGGGCUCCUACGGUGUUGUCAAGCUGGCUUACAAUGAGGAUGACAACACAUAUUAUGCGAUGAAGGUGUUGUCCAAGAGGAGGCUGAUGAGGCAGGCAGGUUUCCCACGGAGACCUCCACCUCGCGGAGCCAAAGCAGCCCCCGAGGGUCCUCCUCAUCCUAAAGGACCCCUGGAGAGGGUCUAUCAAGAGAUUGCCAUCCUUAAAAAGCUGGACCAUCCCAAUGUCGUAAAACUAGUGGAGGUUUUGGAUGACCCCAGUGAGGACCAUCUGUACAUGGUGUUUGAGCUGGUGAAGCAAGGGGCUGUGAUGGAAGUGCCGACAGAUAAACCUUUCAGUGAGGACCAGGCGCGCUUUUACUUCCAGGAUCUGCUCAGGGGAAUUGAGUAUUUACACUACCAGAGGAUCAUCCACAGAGACAUCAAACCCUCCAACCUGUUGGUGGGUGAAGAUGGACACGUCAAGAUCGCAGACUUUGGAGUGAGUAACCAGUUUGAGGGAGCCGAUGCCCUCCUGACGAGCACGGUGGGGACGCCUGCGUUCCUCGCCCCUGAGGCACUCUCAGAGACCAGGAAGAACUUCUCUGGAAAGGCGUUGGAUGUUUGGGCCAUGGGAGUGACGCUUUAUUGCUUUGUCUUCGGAGUGUGUCCAUUUAUGGAUGAGCGCAUCCUCAGUCUUCAUCAGAAAAUCAAGACCCAACCUGUGGUGUUACCUGAACAUGCUGACAUUUCGGAUGACCUCAAAGAUUUGUUGCUGAAAAUGUUGGACAAGAAUCCAGAGAUGAGAAUAUCAAUCGCACAGAUAAAGGUGCACUCAUGGGUGACGAGGCACGGUGCCGAGCCCCUCCCUCCGGAGGAUGACAACUGCUGUAUGCUGAUUGAGGUGACCGAGGAGGAGGUGGAGAAUUCUGUCAAACACAUCCCGAGCCUGGCUACAGUGAUCAUGGUGAGGACCAUGCUGAGGAAGCGUUCUUUCGGGAACCCCUUUGACUGGGGCCGUAAAGAGGACCGCGGCAGCUUGUGCGCUCCAGGGCAAAUGCUCAUGAAAGGCAGAGCAGGCAAUGUGAAACACUGCUACAUACAUUGUAACCAAAGAAGGAAACAGGAAAGUGGCGAUGGCAUGAAGAGUAUGGACCUGCCCUACGUGGGAGAAGAUGAGGCUCUCUCCUGAUGCACGGGGUCCACAAUGCACGGCACCCCCUUACUCACAGUUUAUACUGGCAGCCUACACCUUACGUACGUUUCCUGGGAGGCGGAGCGGGCGCAGAGGAAAAGUGAGGAAUGAAGGAUCUGGAGCACUUUGCUGCCAAGCUUUUUAUUCCAUGUUCUCUUCGUAGUGUGGGACUUGCGACAGUCACACGGGAAACUUCCAAGAGCGGAUCCUCCUGAACCUUGAACUCGUCUGCAGCUCUUCUCACCUGAACCGGUCCCCUCUUCUUAUCCUGCAUGCAUGUAUAGUCUCAGCAUGCUUUUGUCUCAGGCUUCAACUGUACAGGUUUGUGUUUUUACUGUAACUUUUAGCCACUUGUGUUUUCUCCUCGUCUUCACUUGAUGAUACUUUCAGGUAAACAGCGCAGGGGGAACCGUCGAGUCGAUGAUGGUUUACUUUGUGGAGGAGGGACGGUUGCAGAUCGCUUUACUUUUUUGACGAUGAUUGUCCGGUUCACUCUGCUUCCGAGUGUCAGUGCCCAGUUUUGUAAUAUAUUUCAGAGGGAACCAUCUGGGCAAUGAAAAAGGGCAGUGAUUUAAAAAAAAAAUGUUUACUUCAUUGAAUGCACAUGUUUACUUUCCCAAUGCAACACUGUAUAAGCUAUUUCUUAACAUUGGCAUGCACACGGACUCACAUAUUUGAUGCAAUAUUUUCAUUUUUCAGUCUUACCACUUUACUACAAUCAGUAGAAAAGCUUUAAAAACAGUUGAUAUUGUGCUUUGUGAAACAAUCAAAUUCAUCAUCACCGCGUAUACGAUAGCACACAAUUGUUCUUUUGCAAAGCGGUUGCUUCUCGUGAAUUUUAAGUGAGCAGUCGUGCGUUUUCUACAAUUUGGGUUUUUUCUUUGUUUUAAUUCAUAGAGCCGCAACAAAUUGAGUGACAAAGGUACUGUACUCUGAGAAAAAAGUACUCGUCUUUACUUUUGUUUGGACAAAUCUGGUCGUGUGUUGUGAGGCGGAGGUACAGCAAAGUUUCACGUGUUUUCAAAUUUUGACAGGAAGUUUUGUGUUUCAGACUGAAAAGAGAUUAAUUUAGCGAUUAUCAAACCUCAAGUUGAGAUUGUGAAUGUUUUGCAUGUUUUUGUUUCACCGAUGUUAUUUUUUAAGCCACACAUUUUCAGGAAACCAAAAAAAAAUUAAAAUUAUGUAUAAUAAUGUUGUACGGUAGAGUCACUUAAACUAACAAACCUUUAAACUAUUUGUUCUUAUUGAACUACUCAAGCUGGCUGCCGCAGUAAGUUUUGAGAUGGAAGCAUAGUGCAGCUGCAGAUUUUUUAUUUGUACAAAUCUAUGCAUAUCUGGAGAGAUGUUGAAAUUUAAAAAAACAAAAACUGUUGUCAUCUUUGGCUGGAGAACUAAGCCACUCUGCAAACAUUUCUUAUCAACUAUAAAGUACUUUUUUAUUAUUAUUUAUUCACGUAUUUCAUUUUGGAUGAUCCCACGGCAGUAAAAUUAGCACAUUUCCUCUUGUUUACUCUUUUGUUUUCUUCAAUUUCUUUGACACUAGUUUAGAUUAAGUCACUCGUUGUGUCUCUAGUAAACAUAGAAUAGCGACACAAUGUUGUUUGUAACAUUUAAUGCUUCCACACACACAAAGAACUUCGGCACUAAAGUGUUGAAUGUAUGAGAAAGGGACUUUGUUUUUGUUUUUGUAAACCUUACUACUUGCAUGUCACUCUGAACUGUACAAAGUGUAUGUCUGUUGUGUGACUAUAGUACUAUGCAUAUAGUGUGUCUUUCUCUGUAUGGUGCAAUGCUUCGCUCUGUCCGAUUGUCACACGCAGCAGGCUUAUUCUUUUUACUUUUGCUCACCUGAUGUUGGAGGCUAAUUGAGGUUUGCACUCGUCUGUGGAGCGCUGCAAAUAGAGACGAGCAAUUUGGAUCUCGAUUUCCAUAAAAUUUCCACACUGAACCUUUUGAAGCCCCCCUCUGCUUAUUUUCUUUGCUUGAUAAAUGAUGAUGGCAAACAAUAUAUUAAGGCAUGCCAUUUGCUCAGUUAAUGCACAGAAAAUGUGUUUUCUACUGUGAAAUCACCACGUUUAAACAUGCUAUCCACACAUUUAUAGAUUAUUAUACAUUAUGAUAUACUGGAAGUUGCUAUUGACUAUUAUAUUGGAUUACAUUUUUAACUUGAGUAAAAUAAGACUGGCACUUUGCCUUUGGUGUUAAUAUAUCUAUUGGUCUGAAUCAGUCAGACCACACAAAAAAACAAGCUGUGUGAUAAAUAUUUUAUACAGACAAUAUUUAAACAUGUAAUUUGUUUCAAUGCUUGCUUACAGUAAGUGAUUCACUUUUAUUGUUCACAUGGUUUUUUUUCGAAUAGUGUAAUUCAUUUUACCAAGAACUUUGGGGGCUCUUUUCAUCUAAAUGCAUGCCAACAUACUAGCACAUACCACUGUUUUGCCAUAGCAUGACAGGUCCUUGGCAACAGAAUAAAUUAAAUAAAUUAUUCUAUACAUAUUGUAUCUUGUUAAUCAUUUGAAUUAAAAAUAUUGCCUUUGUAA